AUGUCCAUGUUUCGUAGACCUGGCGACAGCUCGUCCUCAUCUUCCGAGGACUCCUUUGAGGAUACCGAGAAUGCCGAGACCAAUCCAUUGCAACAUGAUAGCGUUCUGACCCGGAUCAAUGCCCUGGUUUCAGCAAAUUCAGGAGCAUCUGCCGUAGGAAGUCGGCCACUUCGCCUUGGGAUGCGGCAGAAUUCUGCCCAGGAUGUUCGAGACAUAUUACUCCAUUCUUUACUAGAAGAGAGAACAAUCAACCAAGUUGCGGUGGACAUGGGUAGAGAUGCAUCAGACCCUGAUGUUCAACGGAUAGGCCGAGAGGCUUACCAGCAGAUUGCACGCGAAUUGUCUGAUAAUGUGGAUGGACGGUACGCAGGCAACGACAUGCAAGGGCAUCGGGCUGCGGCAAAUGCUGGAAUCAACAGGCUCACCAGGGACAACUUGAGUAGGCUAGCCAUAAUUCCCGAAGGAAACUCUCACGCACUGAUGACACGGUCCCAAAGGAACACAACCGUCAGCAUACCGCAUCAACCAGUGCCUGGGCUCGACAUACUAUCGGGCCUAUCUGCACCAACAGAGUUGCACCUCUCUGGAUAUCCUGGUUUACAGGUGGAUCGUUAUAUGCGCGAGUUCUCUGAGCUUGACAUGGUUGGCAAGGGUGGGUACGGCAAGGUCUACAAAGCCAAGCAUAAGCUCGAUGGAUCUCUCUAUGCCGUCAAGAGAAUCCCAAUCAGUGAGGCAAAGCAGUUGAGGAUACAAGAGCAUGGGCCACAGGAACUGGAGAGUAUGCUCGAAGAAGUUCGAUCGCUCGCCCGGUUUGAACACGCCAAUAUUGUCCGAUAUCACAACGCGUGGCUGGAAUUCACGACUAUACCUCCAGAAAUGUCGGCAGAGUCAAUCCUUCCCGUACUGCGUACCGAUAGAUUGUUAGAGGAGCACGCCGCUUUCCCCUCGAGCUCACCCAAAGUAAACACAUUGCACAGUCAAUUCAACAGUCUAUCUUUCGACGAUCCUCACUCGGCCACUGAACCUAGUUCCGGUGCUGGCAUAGUGUUUGAGUACAGCGAUCCGGAUCCUGCUGCUGAGGAAGCCAAGAGUGAAGCAGAGGAUAGCAUGUCUUUGCGGGAGAAGCUGAGAGUGUUGAAGCGAAAGAAUCGUAGAGGAAGUCAGGCCAGCCAAGCAACGAUUGCUACAAUAUCAUCGACCAAGUCUCGGAUGAGCGUGGUUGAAGAUGCGAACGAAGAGGAUGAUGAAGAUGUUGAGAUGAUUCCCAGGUCACACGUGCCGCGCACGCAAGAACGAUCCUCUGAAAUGUCAGAGAGCAUCAUAUCGAACAGUGAUGUCCCGAGCGAGUUGAUCUCCCGUUCGGUUACCGGCCCCGUGCUUACACUGAACGUCCAAAUGAGUCUAUGCGAGACGAACCUUGCAGCCUUCCUAUCUUCCGAAAGAAUCUCCAGUGCGGAAGCAAUUGAUCAGCACUGUUUCCACCCAUGUGUUUCUCUCGAGCUACUGAACAGCAUCGUCUCGGGGGUGGACUACCUACACGCCCAAGGCGUUGUCCAUCGAGACCUCAAACCAGCCAACGUCUUCCUCUCCCUCUCCACCGCGCGCCACGCACCCCACGGCUCCGUCGACCUCUCCAGCUGCAAACCAUGCGGCCAACGCACCUGUAUACACAUGACUCCCCGCAUCGGCGACUUCGGCCUCGUAGCCGCGCUCGACGACCGCUCCAUGGGCACCGACCCGGACGCCAGACCCGUGGGCACAGAACUCUACCGCCCCCCCGUCAGCACGCGCGUCAACGAGAAACUCGACGUCUUCGCCCUCGGCAUCGUCGCCUUUGAAAUGCUGCAAAAGUUUGGCACCCGCAUGGAGCGCAUUGCCGCACUCACCCAUCUCCGUCGCGGCCUGUUUCCCAAUACGUUUGCAUUGGGCUUGGGGCUGGGUGGGGUUGGCGACGAGGUCCAGCGCCUUAUUGGGGACAUGGUGCAGGGGGAUGAGCAGACGAGGUUGUGUUGCGGGCAGGUCAAGGAUGAGGUUGGGAGACUUGUCGGCCUUCUCAAAACGUAG